AGAAGUCAAAUUGGAAUAGAGAAAAACAGACGUGUUUUAUAAGCGUUUGGCAAGAGCUCUAACAAAAUAAUUUAUAAAUUUUAUUUGUGUUCAUUCAAUAAUAUUUUAGUUAAAGUGAUUUUAAGUUUAUACAAUUAACUAAUUAAAUAAAAUAAAUAAUAAAACAAAAUAAAUAACAAAAUUUUUUACAAAAUCCAAUUAGAAUUAAAAGAAAAUCCACAACAAUUUUCCAGCUAGAAAAAUCUUAAAUAUUAAAUCAGCAACAUUAACGAAUACGCCACCAAAGAGAAUUUAGAGUAAAACUAAAGAAAACAAAAAAAAAAACAGCCCUUAAAUAACGAACAAGUGAAACACCCCCCAAACGAAGUAAAAAAAAGAACACACAACCUCAACAUUAAACUUACGCACUCCUGCUUGCCUACAACGUCAUCAUCAACGGCGACAGCUUUAAAGAGCAAAACAACAAAAAAAAUUUCUAAUUACAUCUGAAUGAUUAUCGUGCUGCUUUUAUUUUUCAAAUCAAUCUGUCUUUAUUGUCAACGUUUAGUUUUACACAUACAUGACCGAUGGAUCAAUCCAAAAAAUGUGCGGCUGCUAAAGGAAGCUGCUGAGGCUAAAGGCUCCAAAUUUCAAAUAGAAGAAUAUCGUCAAGUUAAGAAAUCCAAACGCAGACGUUACGCAGCCACCUCAGCAUCGGCCAAUACAUCACCUCUCUCCAAUUCGCUGGCAGACAGUGAUAAUUGUCGUUUUUGUGCCAAUACGCCACAAGGUUAUUGUCGUCAUCAUUUUCAUUUGCAAGAGUUACAAGUGCAAAAACAACAACGGCAACAGAAAUUCUGGUGUCCCUUGUCUGGUGUGGUUAACGGCUCUAAUCGCUCGACAGAAUAUCGUCAAUUGCGUAAAAUAAAGAGGGAACUUAAACGUAAUAUCCAACAGCAGCAACAACUAAAAUCGGCUAAAGCUCAAACAAUUAUAUAUGAACCUAACACCAUCUACUCAACCACCAACACUUACCCACCUUCAUCUACUGCAUCAUCGGAUCCGACCUAUCUAUCAAAUAGCGUGAAUUCAUCGUAUUGCAUCAAUGAUUCAGGUUAUCAAACGAUAUCGUUAAAUACUUCAUCUACCUUAGAAAGUGAAGAAAAUAGUGACUUAUUACAACAACAGCCGCAACAAUCAGAAUUAGCAUCCAUAAUCGAUUCCAAUUCCACUCAUGAUUACGUCGAUAUAGAAUUGCCUUCACCGUCUGCAUCGCUAGUCGAAACUACUUAUAGUUUUGAAACAUGCUGUGAAACACCACAACGUUCGCCCACCUCCGCCUCUAACGCCACACCAAUUCCAAAGACUGCAUCGUACAAUAGUUUUGUGUCAUGUGAAUAUUCGACAUUGUCUACAUCUUAUUUGUAGAAUGAGGAUAACUUAAAUAUCUUCUAGUAGCAGAAUAUCGGGUACUCAGAAAUCAUCUAUAACAAGGACUAGAAAACAUUUAUUG